AUGCUGCUCCUACUCUGGGAGGCCUCGUCGACUCUGCUCCUCCUCCUCAUCCUUCCUAUCCUGUCCAUCCUUCUUGUGCUACUUCUCAUGGUCACUGCUCCUCUCACUUCCUGUGGAUGGAUGGUUCUUGUGCUACUUCAUCAUUGUCAGGGGCCAUCCCCACUUCAUCUGAGUGGCAACUUGCAUCUGUUCAUCACCCUCCUGUCAUUAGCACCCAUCUGCUUGCAUCAACUUCAUCAUUGUGCAAGGUCCCUACUUCAUCUGGUGGCAACCCCCUUGUUCAUUGUUACCCCUUGCUGUAUCAGCAAUAGAGGUUUCCCUUGGGCCGAUUCCUGUGAGAUCUGUAGCAGCGAGUGUGGUCCUGCUGAUUCUAUUGACUCCUGUAGUAUGACCAGUGUUCCUACUGAUCUUGACAAGUUAUGUCAUAGAGCUGUUGAUCCUACUGAUCUCACUGAACUCUGUUGGAACUCUACUUUCACCCAAUCCAUGAUGGUUGCGCAAGAUCUCUCCAUAUGA